CUGGAUGAGAGUCCACGAAUAUCCCACGAUGCCAUCAAACAUGCCACGAUGCCACCCUCAGAGCCACUGAAUCCGUUCUCUAUAGAGCACUUCAAUGACUCAAUCCCUGUACCCCUGCCCUCUGAGGAAAUUUGGGACGGAUUUGAAUUCCAUCAACAUCUCGAAAGCCAACUCCUUCGGUUAGAUGAUUCUGUGCUGGGACCUCUCCCCACUCUCAAAUCAGAUGUUUUCCAGCUGAAAUUGGAGGAUGUGGCUCUCCAGGACCUGUCACAAUCGUCGUCUGCGGACACAUCCGACUCCGAAAAUGACCAGUUCGAGAGCCUAGAUGGCGACAGCGUGCAAGAAGAAUGGGGCGAUAUUUGGAUCUUGCCAGAUAUUCAGAAGAGAAAGAGAAAGGAAAAUCUACUCAGCUGGGACAAGUUUCAGAAUGAAAAUCAUCAGGAGCCAGCAUCAGCAUAUCUCAGCGAGACUGAUCCUAGAGUAUUUAACUCCAUCCUCGAGGCAACCCAUCAGAGUCCUGCAAGAUAUGUUAAAUCAGACAUCCUUCUAAACGCUUUCUUUGAACUGUGCAUGGGGCGAAAUUCUGUCCUUUUCAGCUGGGAGGAGAAAGAUUGUAUAUUCGUGGCCAAAUGGCAGGUUCUUUCGGCGCGUGGAUACAGUUCGACCUUGGUGGAGAAUUGCUUCGACGUCUUUUCGAGAAUCGGGAAAGACACCAGAUACCUUAUGAGCUCUUUCCGAGCGUUGGACAACAACUCUUCGAACCUGUCAUCCGCUAAAGUAACUUUCCUGUCCGCCUCCAGGUCUGUACUCUUUUCCAUCCACAGAUACCUCAUCGAAUCGAGAUCAAAUAUUGCGUCAUUGCUCCAGUUGAAGGGCAUUAUGGGAAAGGUCGGGUUAGUUGUCGAUAUGCUGAAAGAAUGUGUCGGCGCUGUACAGGCCGAUCCAGUGGAAGAUAUGAUCAUCCUUACCUUGAUACAAAAAGCCGCUGGACCAUCACUUGAUCACCCUGGGCUAGCAGGACUCAUGGAAAUGCUACUCUCACGGACAUGCCGGCCGAUGCUAGCUCUUCUGAGCCAACAGAUUGGACUUAGCUCUGCACAGCACGGGAAUCCCAGAGUCUCCUUCGCAGGAAUUUCGCCCCUCCAUAAUUCAGCGUGGGAAUUACUGGUUGACUCGAAGCUCUCGCGUACGAUAUCCGAGGCUCAGAAGAGCCUAGAGAUAUUGAGCAGUCACUCACCAACCAGUUCUAUCUUUUCCGCCACUGUACUCGAGUCUUCACCAUUAAAGGAACUCGAGGCUGGGUUCACACUGCCAAUCAUUUCAGAACUUCAAGCGCGGGCUGUUGCAUAUGAGGAGGCGAUGAGAUCGUUAAUAGUCUCAGCGGAAUCCUCGACAUCUACAAGUUCCCUUGACACGCCUGCCUCUGAAAGCUUCGACCUGGAGGGCCCUGUUAGCGUGCAAGCGGACACUGUCUGUGCGUUUCGGCCACAAAUGGACAUCUUCAACAACAGUGCGCACCCUUUGGAAGAGAGGGAAUACGACGAACUCGAAGAUCAGGUCCUUAUGUACCUUGAGGGACAAGAGUUCGGAGACUCGCCUCUGCAACUGGACCUCGUCCCCUCCUUCAAUCUAUCCAUCACACCCCUCGUCUCCGCUCAACACAGGUUGCUCUCUUACUCUGUGUUGCAGCUGCUCUUCCAACAACACAAUCUUCUCGGCCAUCUCAAUUUGCAGAGAGAUCUCCAUCUGCUAAGAAAUGCGUUCUUCUCGUCUCGUCUCAGCAUAGCUCUGUUUGACCCGGAUCAGAACAGUGGGGAAGGUUACAGAAGAACAACUGCCAUCACUGGCCUUCGGUUGCAUGUUCGAGACACGUGGCCACCUGCGGGCUCAGAGUUAAGAUUGGUGCUCAUGAGCAUCCUAUCAGACAGCCUCAAUCUAGCAGAUCGCACAUUGGACGAUUCCAUGUCCUUUGCGAUUCGGGAUCUGCCUCUUGCUGAGCUCGAAAAGUGUCGAGACGCGGAUUCAAUCCACGCACUCGACUUCCUUCGACUUCAUUAUACGGCACCCAGUGAAAUAUUAGGGGCAGUCAUCACGCCGGAAAUACUGGACAAAUAUGACCGAAUGUUCCAGCAUCUUCUGCGGAUGCUGCGAAUGCAAGCAGUAUCACAAAGCAUGCUAAGAGAGGCUUUUCGGCAUCAGUCGGAGAAGCCGCCUAGGAGCGGUCUCUCAGAUCACAAAACUGUUGUCAUGAUGCAUCAUUUCACCUCGAGUGUUGCUGAUUAUUACCACAACACUGCCAUUGAGCUGAACUGGAAGAAGUUCGAGACAGUCCUCUAUACUGCAAAGGAACAUCUCAACAACAGGGACUAUGGUCAGACCUUGUUUAUCGUACGGAGUUUGGACCACCUCCGUGUAUUGCAUGAGCGAACAUUGAACAAUAUCCUCGGUGCCCUCCUGCUAAAACGGAACCAAGCUAGGUUGAGGCAAAUACUGGAAGACAUAUAUGGUGUGAUACUUCGAUUCGCAGCUAAACGACGCAAGAACGUCGAUAGGGACCCCGAAUCAGUGGGCACCCAAGGCGAUGCCAGCGGUAGUACCACCAAUGAGACCACGAUGAAACGACUGCAAAAGGAAUUUACAAGCAAAAUUACGCUUUUCAUUGACCUAUUGCGCUCACAAGCGCAAUCAGUCGAAAAGAUGCCGGGGAAGAGAUUACCUGAUGAAUUGGACGAUGACGAUGACGACGACGCGGAUGUCAACAUGUUCGAAUACCUGCUGUUGAAAUUGGAUAUGUUCGGUUACUGGACGUCGUAGACGGCAUAGAUAUAGAGACACGGAUUGUGAUGUCCAACUUGGAAUGCCAAUGAGGAGGGGACGGAGUGAUUGUGACCAGGCGGUGCUCUGGCCCUUGCAUUUGCUGUAAUGAACAUGAUACCCAG